UCAGAAAGGAAAUGGGAAAAAUGUAUUUCAAAUACUUGAGAAAGCCAACGGCCACGAAUGUCCUGACAUCUUCGGAGGCUAUGCACUAUUUCGAGGUUGCCAUGUUCUGGGUAGGAUGGGCACAGCCGACAAAGUACCAACUCUUGUACAGGAUCGCUUCGACCUUUAUAUGUCUAUUCAGUACGGUUUACCUCUCAGUUGGUAUGCUCAUCAGCUUUAUAUUUGAUACGGACAUGAAGUCAACGAAUCUGAGUGAGCUGCUGACGAUUCUUCAGCUACUUUUCAAUGCAAUGGGAUUGCCGAUUAAAGUGUUAUUUUUAAGAUUGCAUUUUUCAAGAUUCAGUGACAAGGUCAAGGACAUUCUAGGUCGUCUGGACGAGAGCUGCUCGAAUGCGGAAGAGAAAAGGGAAGUGCAUCGAUGGGCGGUCCGCUGCAAUGCCGCAUAUUUAAUCUAUCAGGCAAUCUACAGCUCCUACGCAAUUUCAACAUUUUUCGCAUCAGCAUUCGUGGGCACUCUCCCAUGGCGAGUUUACAACCCUUUUGUGGACUGGCGAAAAAGCUGGUUAAAUGUAUGGAAAGCGGGACUAAUAGAGUUCGUCAUCGCUAUAUUUGGUAUUACUCAAGGCCUGAUGUCCGAUGUGUACGCUCUAUCCUAUGCUUUGAUCCUUCGAGCUCACCUUAAGCUUCUCCGACUUCGGGUGGACAAGCUUUGCUCGGACCCUGGCAAGAGCGAAGAAGAAAAUCUAGGAGAUCUCAUCAAAUGCAUCAAGGAUCACAAGCUCAUAAACAAGUAUUACGUGACGAUUCGGCCCGUCAUUAGUGGCACUAUUUUCGUCCAGUUUCUUCUGAUUGGGCUCUGUCUGGGCCUCUCUCUAAUAAAUAUACUCUUUUCUACGGACAUCUGGGCAGCUUUGGCCACCAUAAACUACAUAAAUGGCCUCAUCGUUCAGACUUUUCCGUUCUGCUACGUGUGCGACCUGAUCAAGUCGGACUGUGAACUCCUCGAAAGGGCUAUAUUCCACUCCAACUGGUUGGAGGCUAGUCCCCGGUACAAAAAAACUUUAAUUUUCUUCUUGCAAAGGUCCCAGAAGCCACUAGCUUUCACUGCCGGAUCCAUUUUUCCCAUAUCGACCAGAACCAACAUACAGGUAGCUGCAAUUGAUAUAUUUGAUAUAUUUGAGGCACGCCCAGUAAUUUAAUUUAAUAGGACAUUA